CCCAUUGAUUUUGUUGAUGCGAUUUGAUUGUCCUUGCUAACAGUGCUAUCAUGUCCAACAUUUUAGCAUGUUUCCAACUCCUAGAACUCAAUGUCAUAUCUGCACAAGACUUGGCUCCUGCAGGUCGUUCCAUGAGGACCUAUGCAGUGGCAUGGAUUGACCCAGAUCGCAAACUUUCCACUCGAGUUGAUUCUCACGGCGGAACCAACCCAACUUGGAAUGACAAGUUUGUCUUUCGAAUUGAUGAAGACUUUCUGUAUGAUGAAAAGUCUGUGAUAACUAUUGACAUUUACGCUCUUCAUUGGUUUCGAGACAUUCAUGUGGGCACUGCUCAUGUUCUCUCCAGUGACAUUCUUCCACCACCUUCACAACCUCAACCCCAGAGAAACACUUACACACCCACAGGAAUGAGAUUCAUGGGGCUUCAAGUUCAAAGACCCUCAGGUCGCCCCAAAGGAAUUUUGAACAUUGGUGCUGCUAGAAUUGACAGUUCCAUGCGCAGCAUGCCUCUUUACAUGCAAAACUCCCCAAUAGUUCGAUACAGUCAAGAUGAUCAUGAUCAACCAAAACGUCAAGCCAAGCCAGAGCUUCGACGCUCAAAAAGUGAUUCCAGCUCAAUGCUUGGCUCAGAAAUGGUAGUUCCCGAGCCUCAAGCCAAGACCAAAAGGGGGAGGGCAAGUUCUCAAGUUCUCGCUUCAGAAAUAAGCUCCAAGAAGAGUAAAAAGAAAGCUAGCUCCAUAUUAAGUGCUACAUUCAUGAAGGGAACCCCAAAAGAUGGCAAAUUGGGUAGAAAGAAGACUAAAGCAAGAGGCCAUGACUCACCAAAGAACUUCAAUGCAAUGGUAAAUGUUGAUUACCCAGUAAAGUCCACGCCCAAGCGCCAGUUUCAAAACUCUCCCUUUCCAGCCAAGUCUUAUAAUAACAACAACAAUUACGUAGGCAGUGUGAGAGCCACCCCAUUGCAUGCCUUUGCUAAUGCAGACACGACAAUGGAAUAUGGAACCCCGUACCGCUCCAACUUGGGUUGUCGUCCUUUUAUGACGGACUCUGAAUUAGGUCCGUCAGCUUCGGAGGUGGCGGAGGUGGUGGCGAGACUACCAAUGGAGGAGGGGGAGAAUUCUACGGAGGGAGGGUGGAGCUUCGAUGACGGAGCCGAGGGCCUGCAACCUAAGGUGGAGAGGUGGCAGACGGAGUCCAAUGUCACGGGGGCAAGCAGAAAAGGGAAACAUUCACGAAGGCAUGCAGAUGGGUCAAAUGGGUUGUUCUCUUGCUUCAGUGUAAUAUGUGGAGUUGAGUGCUCCAUUGUUUGCGGUGGGGGCGGCGGCGGCAAGAAGCAUCGCCGGCGGCGGGUUCAAGCAGUGGACAAUGAAAGCUUUCUAUCAGAAGAGGAGGCGUAUUGAGGGGUGCAUGCUUGCAUGACUGAUCGAACAUGGAGAUGAGAAAAUUAUGUGAGAAUUGAGUAAACUCAAUCUUCUUUAUUCAUUGUACUUUUUAUGUUUAUUUUAACCUGAUUCUUUUGUACUCCAUUGUGUUUCUAAUGAAUUUCACGUUGCAAAUCAUAUGAUCUUUGUUUACUGAUGUUGCAGAAUGCAUUUUUAGAUUUUGAUGAUGGUGUUUACUUUUGGAUUUUGAGGGUGGUGAAUAUUUUGUGAAAAAAAAAAAAAGGUGAUUUAUUAUAUCGUAUGAAGUAGAACAAAACUUAGAGUUAGUAUAAGUUAUUAUUGUUCUCCAAUCAAAUUAGAAGUUUCACUUAACGAUUUUCUUUCUUCUCAUAUUACUGAUAUGAAAUUCUAACUGAAAAAAAUACCAUAAGAAUCUUAUUCAUACAAUAUCUUAUUUUGUCAAGUGAACAAUCCAAAGGUAAAACUUUUACAAAAAGUAAUGAAGGUCCUUCU